CCGCAAUUUUCCCGCCAUUUUCCGCUACUCUCUCUCUCCCAAAAAGUGGCUGAGCAGAGCUUGAGAUUUGAGAAACCCUAGCGAGCGAGAGAGAGCGAGCCAUGGAAGAAGAAAUCAUAGCGGUAUUCAAGAAGAACGGGUUCUCUCUCGACGAAGAGGAAGAGAUAGCCAAGAAAUGCCUUACUUUCUGCAUAAAUUACAAUCUCAAGCCCUCAGACAUCGUUUCCAGCUGGGAGGUUUACUAUCUCAACAGGCAAUUGGAUGAGUCAACUGUACAAAAUGCUCAGAUGGAUGGGUUUUUACAGUAUCUGCAAGAUGUGCAGAAGGAAGCAGCUAUUAUGGAGGAAUCUGAUUUGCAUUUCUACUCAAGUAAAGAUGUUGAUAUGAUUUUGAACGAUGAAGAUGGAGAUACAAAAGAAGGUAUUCUUGGCUCUCCAACAGACAAAUCUCAGAGACUUUAUUCAGAACCAUUUGAUUCAACGCCUCAAACAAAUGGGGGCAUUUUUUCUUCUGGGAAACCAUUUAAGCAUGUGACACCAUUUGGGCAACGAACAGAUAAAUUUGUGGUGAAGUUCAGCACUAAUAAUAUGCCCGAUGCAGAGAACAGAGAAAACGAACUUGCUCAUGAGAAUAAUGAUGAUGAUAUCAUAAGAAAGGUUCAACCCCGAGAGAGGUGUUCUCUGAUAGUUCAUGGAUCAGGGCCUGAACCUGGUUGUAGGUUCAUGUAUGAUCGAAUUGAAGAUAGGUUUAAUGCACUUGAAAAUCGAAUCAAGAGACAUACAACUGCACUUGUUGCAUCUGGGCUCUAUGAGGAACCAGUGGACCCUACAGUUGCUUCCCAGAAAAGCAUAUUUGCUGUUGGCAUGAUCUGUUGUGAUGGAGAAGGCCAUUUAAAUGAGAAGUCCAUCUUAUUGCAAAGCAGUGUUGAGCAUUCUGGAGGGCAACGUGUUCGUCUAGAACUACAAAAACUUAGCCAGUUUUCAGUUUUCCCAGGCCAGGUAGUAGGUAUUGAAGGACACAAUCCUAGUGGGCACUGCUUGAUUGCAUCAAAACUUGUAGAUUCAAUUCCUUUGUCCACUGCUGCUGAUGUGAAUUUGCAUCCUGCAAAGAAGCAGGCUUUGGACCAGGAGAUUCAGUCAACUGAUCUGUCUCAUAAACGGGAAGAGCUAUCAGUGAUCAUAGCAUCGGGCCCUUUUACCACUACAGACAACUUAUCGUUUGAGCCUCUGACAGAACUGCUAGCAUAUGCAACCAGAAAGUUACCUCAGGUGCUUAUAUUGCUUGGACCAUUUGUUGAUUCCGAACAUCCAGAGAUUAAGAAAGGAACUACUGACAGAAGCUUUGAUGAAAUAUUCCAUGUGGAGAUUCUCAGAAGGUUACAAGAUCAUGUGGAAUACAUGGGUUCCAAUGCACGUGUAAUUCUUGUGCCAUCUAUACGUGAUGCUAACCAUGACUUUGUUUUCCCCCAGCCUGCUUUUGAAAUUCAUUCACCCAAUCUCAAACAUCAGAUAACCAGCCUCACAAAUCCAGGGACUUUUGAGGCAAAUCAGGUCAAGAUAGGUUGCUGCACUGUAGAUAUUCUCAAACACCUUAGCGGAGAGGAGAUGUCACGAAAUCCAGCAGAUGGAACACCUAUUGAUCGCAUGAGUAGACUUGCAAACCAUAUUCUUAGCCAGCGGAGAUUCUAUCCACUAUAUCCACCAGCAGAAGGCAUUCCAUUGGACUUCUCACUUGCUCCAGAAUCUCUUCAUAUCUCUUCAAUUCCUGACAUUCUCAUCCUACCUUCAGACAUGAAGUAUUUUGUAAAGGUGCUGUCUCUUGGGGAAGGAGGUGAAGGAGGAGAGCAAGUGAAGUGCAUUUGUGUGAAUCCAGGAAGAUUGGCAAAGGGAGAAGGAGGGGGCACAUUUGCAGAGCUUAACUACUAUGGAGGUCCUGACACAAGCAACGCAUCUAUUAUUGGCAUAUAAAUCCAGGAGUGAUACUCAGGGCCUCAUUGUGAGUUGCUCGGUGUAAAUUGAAGAUGGAGAUCCAAGAUGUGGCCAACAAAAUGAGAGUUUUGGAUCUUAGAGGUACUAUGUGAUAAUUAUUGGAUUAAUUAUUUGGUUCAAAAAGCUCAAUGGCCUGCAGAAGAUCAUAUUAGCAUAUGUAAGUUCACUAAA